AGAGCUAUACACAACUCGCUGCUCACGAAACGUUGUGUUGCCCAACUCGCUCAUUAUCGUCUUCACAGGGACGAAAAGAAGGCGUUGCGUUGCUUUUUUGCAGGCCCCGGCGCAUCAGGCGUUUGACUUUCUAGCUCUCCAUUUUCCGUUGAUGUUGCUGCUCCGCUCUUCAGCUAAAAGCAAAAAAGAAAGUUUUGUCUGGCUGCUACGACGUAGUUAUCGUAAUACUAAUAUUGAUUUUUACCCGCGCAGCAGUGCGGAUUAUUCCUACUAUUUAAAAUAAAAGAGCGUGCUUCUCUUUUUGGUAAUUUCUUCAAUGCGUUGUGCAAGCUUCCUCGACGUUGUGGGUGCACGGGCUGAGGCCGCGCGGGGCGUCACGCGUUACUUUCGUGGUGCAGCACACACGAUGCACACGGUGUUGCCUCGUCCAUCGUACGUGCGUCCAGCGUUGUGUGCCUCCGCGGCGUCGCUGCACACCUCGCGAGUGUUCCACGCCCCGUCUGACGUGCCGGCUGAACUAGCGAAAGACAUUAAAGGCAUCAUCGAACACGAUCGUUUAGUGGUCUUUCUCACCGGCACGCCGGAGCAGCCUCGCUGCCGCUUCACGGUGCAGCUAGUGGACCUGUUCAAUCAGCUGGGCAUCAAGUACAGCUUCUUUAAUAUUCUCGACGACGAGGAGGUGUGUGAGGGCCUGAAGCAGUACAGCGACUGGCCGACCUACCCCCAGGUGUACCUGGAUGGCGAACUGCUGGGUGGGUACGACGUCUGCAAGGGUAUGAUGUUGGAUGGCUCACUGAUUCGCACCUUCAAGGAGAAGGAGUUGAUGUAG